AUGAGGACUAGCCAGAUGUUGCUCUUGUUGAUCGCCUUCCUUGUCCUAGCAUCAGAUGUGCCAACGAAGGCGUCAGCGGGCGUUGAAGGAAUCCCUUGUACGACAAGCAUUAUCCCGUCGCCAAAGCCAUGUGAUAGCAAUACCUGCAAUCAGGCAUGCAUCGACCGUGUGUGGGUCGGCGGAUAUGGCGAGUGUGUUGCGGGGGCGUGUAAGUGCCAGCAGUGCACAUACAUUCCUCCCAAAAAUGGAAACUAA